AGCCAUUGUGUCGUAUCGCUGGGAAAGCACGUCGAAAUGUAAGCAGUCGUGUUAGACUGAAUAUGUAGCGUGCCAGUAACGCUACAAUCGGAUGAAAGGUUUCAUAGUUUCUGCAGUUUUAUCAAAUCCAGCCCAGUCUGGAUUAGUUUUUCCAUCCAUCUUUGGCACUUGAGUUCAUGGGGUCUUCCUACUCAUCUCAGAGAGAUUCUUUUAGUGGAUUUGAAAGAGAAACGUUCACUGUAUCAAAUAAAUUAUAUGAUGCAUUCAUCAACCACCGAGGCCCUGACGUGAAAGGUACUGUGGCUUUUGCACUUUACGAUUCACUCGAGGAAAAGGGAUUUUGGACAUUUCUUGAUGAUCAGGAAUUACAAUUGGGAGAUUUAAUUGAGUCUGUUAUAGAUAAAGCCAUAUACUCUUCUAAAGUGCAAAUCGCCAUAUUCUCACCAGGAUAUGCGCACUCCCCUUGGUGUCUAAAUGAGCUGGUUGACAUGUUGAAAACCAAGGCUCUGUUUAUUCCUGUAUUUUGUGAUGUCAAGCCUUCUGACCUUCGCUACCCUCACAAGGGAGUUUAUAAGGAUGCAUUCGCUAAGCAUGAGGAAAAGGGGAGAUUCAGCAAAAAGAAGAUUCGCGAGUGGAAAGAAGCCCUCCGGUAUUCUUCAUACAUCUCUGGCCACGAAUUCAGCACAUCUAAUGAUAAUGUCGAGAUACUUUGUUCAAAGAUUGCCUCGGCCGUGCAACAAAAGGUUGGAAAGACUAAGGACUUCCCAAGAUACGUGGAAAUUGCAAAUCAUGAGAUCGGUCUUCAUGCAGAGGCAGCAGCGACAAGUACAUCAGUACAGGUGAAAAAAUCGAGUCUUCUGCCAAGAGAUUCACAUCCAGUGGGCAUCGAUUCCAAAGUUGAAGAAAUGGUAGACUUGUUGGAAGACCCAAAAAAUAAAGUUAUAGCCGUUGUUGGAAUGGGUGGCUCGGGAAAGACAUUUCUUCUACAAAAUGUAUACAAUGCCUUAAAAUCAAGGUAUCAUUAUUCAAUUUGGCUCUCUAUAUCCAGAUCUUAUUCUGUCAAGAAUUUGCUGCAUGAUAUAGCCUUCCACACAGGUUUAGAAAGGAAAAUUGUGGAUUUAGAAAGGAAAAUUGUGGAUGGUACCAUAUCUGAAGAGACAGUGGCUAAAUUGAUUCAUAACUGUCUCCAAGGGAAAAAAUGUCUAAUUGUGUUGGAUGAUCUGUGGACGUUGUCCACAGAAGAUAAUCUCUUAGAUAAACUUGGUCUGCCAGCUGAUGAAGAUUGUAAAGUUUUGGUGAGCACAAGAAAUAGAAAGGUUGCUGUAGAUUUAGGUGCUCAAGUUUAUGAGAUGAAAAUUUUGUCAGAUGAAGAAAGUUGGAGCUUGUUUUGUUCUUAUGCAUUCGCAAAAUGUGAGGGAAAUAGAGCGCCACCGCACAUGGAAGAGGAGGGUUGGAAGAUUGUACGGCAAUGUGGAAAUUUACCUCUCGCUAUCAAAACGAUAGCAGCAUCUCUGGCAAACACAACACUUCUCAGCAAAUGGGAAUCCAAGCUCCGUCAGCUCGAAAGGGCUGCUGCUCCCAUUGACCAUGACCCUGUCAUGGAUAUAUUAAAGUUGAGUUACGAUUCCUUGCCAGAGCAUCUUAAAGUCUGUUUUGCUUAUUUUUCUUUCUUCCCUGAGGAUUGCCAGAUAGACUGUGAAUAUCUGAUAUAUCUAUGGAUAGGAGAGGGAUUCAUCCCAGCAGGAGCAGGAGAAGAGCAGUGGGAUAUGGCCUGGGAUUGGUUAGAUCAACUUGCCCAGUUGUGUCUGCUUCAACUUUGGGAAGCUAAAGAGGAAGCAAGGCUAACCAAAUAUUGUAAAGUUCAUGAUCUGUUGCAUGAUUUGGCCAUACAAAUAUCGCGGCAAAAUAAAUGUGCUUUUUCUGUUGAGGAAGCCUGUACACAUACAAGUGCCUCUGGCUGGUGUCGGAUUUUACUAGCCAAGAAAGAUAUACAAGUCAAUGACAUCUCAGAGAGCUGUCCUACUUACCUCCGUACAAUCUCACUAUCUCAGAAUGGGUGGCAUUUGAAUCACGUUCCGACAAAUUUGUUUACCUCUAUGAGAGGACUGCGCGUUCUGGAUUUAAGCUCAACAAGGAUCUCUACAUUGCCAGCGUCCGUUGGAAAAAUGAUACUUCUUAAAGUCCUCAAUUUAAGGGAUACACAGAUAAAGGAGGUACCGGAGUGUGUGAAGAAUCUGAAAAGUCUCUUGUUUUUAGCACUGCCUGUGUUAAGAUCUAAAAACUUACCAGUAUUGAUGAGUGAACUUAAAUGUCUUCAGCAUUUAGAAAGCAACAUGUUUCUUUCUGAUCGCAUGCCAAAGGUAAUAUCAAAGCUCGCCUCUUUGAGAACACUGCGAGCAGAAGUGGACCUGUCCAUAGAAGACGAUGAAUUCAUGAGGUUAGAGGAUUUGAUCAAUAUGACUCAGCUUCAGGAAUUAUGGUUAAGAUUUAACCAUCACAUGGAGAUGAGGAAGAUAGGAAGGAUCCUAGCGCAGUUGGUGAACAUGCGUCGUUUGUUAAUCCGGAACGACACUGGAAUUGAGUUUCCGCGGUUUCCCAAGAAAAUAAGGGCAAUGAAACUUCUGGAAAGUCUUGCAUUAACCAGCUUUGCGGUGCCACGUUGGAUAUGUGAUUUGGCAAAUCUGAGAGAAUUGGAGUUAACAGGCUGUGAUUGUAGUAACUACCCAGAGUUGCAAAGAAUGCCCAAUCUAGUGAGGUUGGAGUUGUAUGAGAAUAAGAAAUGUAUAGAAUUACCAAAGGCAUUUGGGAAGUCGGGAGGUUUUCCAAGCCUCCGUUUCUUGACAAUUAAUUAUUUUUCUAUAUUAGAGGAGCUCCCAGAAUUGGAGGAGGGAGCCAUGGUUUUUCUUGAGGAAUUCCGUUUGUGGAAUUGUAUGAAAGUGAAGAAAGUGGGAGAAGGAUUGGAGCGGUUGAAAAGAUUGAAGGAGUUCAAAUAUUAUGGCUCAGGGACAAAUGAAGUGAGGGAGGUAUUAAAGGAAGGAGGAGAAUAUUGGAGUAAAAUUAUAGGCAACAACCCUCACGUGACAAUCCAAGGACAAUAUAUUUUAAGAUGAAUGUGAUUAAUAUUUUUUUUUUUUUUUAAAAUUUUAUUUCAUUAUUGUAAUA